AAUCCGUCUGUAUAAAGUGCCGUUAGUAAAAGGCAUUUUGCUUGUAGUGUAACUAGCGAGCUGGCCGUAUGUCUACCACACAGUCGAUAGAGACUGUGAGUAUACCUAAUGGUGCAGAUCAGGGAAUCAAUGUGCUUGAACUUGAGGCUACUGAUCAUAGAUACAUAAAUUUCAGUAGCAGGGUGCUUCGCAGGUUCUUUAACAGGUGUUAUCGUGAGGUGAUGCAUGUGCAACCACAACUGCGAGCUGGUAAGAAUCAGAAAAACACUACUUUCUCUUUGGAUGAUGCUUCCUGGUGCAUGUUUCCUCCUGACUUUGAGUUGUUGGAAACUUAGACCACCUUAUUAUUAUUAUUAUUAUUAUUAUCAGCAUCCUUUACUAUUGUACUAAUUAUACAAGAGAUAUCUCUUGUAGGUCCUAGUGAUGAAUUACGUUUGAGAGUUACUCAUCAAGAGAUAAGAGCUGAAGCACUUGGACUCGUUCAAACAUAUUCUUCAUUGGUAUGACAAGCUGUAUAACCUUCACAAAGGCCAUAUACUUAAAAUGUUUAUUUCGGUUAACUAUAUAAACUAGUUAAUCAUAU